ACCUUCAUCUUCACCGUCGCCAUUCUAUAUUUUCCUUCCCCAUUCUUCCACCUCCCCCAUAAUACGAUCAUCCGGGUUCACCCUAAUUGCAACGAUAUUCUGGUUCUGCUAAUCUCCUGUGAUUGAGCGAUUGAUUUGAAUUUUCAAUCGAUCGCUCACGGUACCUUCUCGGAUCGUUUUUGGCCCAAUACUUUGAUCGGAAACAAGAAAAUGGCCGAGGAACAGAAUUGGCAAGAAACGAGCAAUCACACGCUGUGUGCGAAUAACUGCGGGUUCUUUGGGAGUCCCACCACGCUCAAUCUCUGUUCCAAAUGCUACAAAGAUCAUUGCCUAAAGGAACAACAGAUGUCAAAGGCCAAGACCGCCGUCGAGAAGAGCCUAUCUCAGCCGCCACAGCAACCGGAAACAUAUUCUUCUUCUUCUUCCUUCCCAGUCACAUCACCUUCUUCCGUUUCCUCCGAUCAGUUGACUGUCGCCAAGACGGUCUCUGAUCCGGUCGUAAACCCGCAGACGCGGAACAGGUGCGGGUCAUGCAGGCGGCGCGUGGGUCUCACGGGGUUCACGUGCCGCUGUGGAACGACGUUCUGCGGUACCCACAGGUACCCGGAGCAGCAUGGGUGCACCUUCGAUUUCAAGACGAUGGGGAAGGAAGCCAUCGCGAAGGCGAAUCCGGUGGUGAAGGCUGCAAAACUGGAGAAGAUCUGAGAUGAUCACAGCCGUUGGUUUGUUAUUGAUCGUACGGCCUGGGUACAGGGUGGGAGAUUGGGGGAAUUUAGUCCGUUUAAUCGAAGUUUAUUCGGGCCGGGUCUUAAAAAUAUAAAAAGGAUAUGAAAAAAAACCCUCUCAUUAUUUAUUGUGUAGUUUUUAUUUCUUAUUUAUCUAAAAUCUAAAGAAAAUCAAA